AAAUCGCAGCACACCGCUGACCCAGAUUUUAGCAUAAUAACAUCGCCCCAAAGGUGAACCAUUCUGGUGCCGAAAGUGAACUAUAUUUUUUUAAAAUUUAGUUGAAUAACAGCGUCCAAAAUGCUUAAUGUCAAGUACCUAGACCUGAUUUUAUUUUUAGUUUGUACGUUGGAAAUAGCGGCGAUUCACUCCCACGAUGCCUUGAGUAAGAACAAAAGUAUUCUGAUCCGCAAACAUCUGAAGAGGUUGAAGAAGGUCGAUGGUGGCGUUCGGUUGGUUGGAGGACGCGAUGAAUACGAAGGGAACGUGGAAAUUCUAUACCAAGGCAAAUGGGGCGCAGUGUGCGACGAUGAGUGGGACUUGAAGGAAAGUCUGGUGGUUUGCAAGCAACUGGGGUACUUUAGUGGCGCAGUCAAACCAACCAGCAACAGCUACUUCGGAAUCUCCAAAAGGAAGUUCUGGAUGGACGAUGUUUUCUGCGACGGCACUGAAGAGGAACUUGCCGAUUGCCGGUUUGAUGGCUGGGGGAAAAAUGACUGCAAAGACUCUGAGGCUGCCGGCGUCAUCUGCCUGGACCCAGCCCAAACCUCCUCAAUUCCAAAUGAGGCUAAGGCGGACACCAAGAGACUUUCCAUCGGCGCUACAAGAAAAAUCCGACUGAGAGGAGGCAGAGUGGCCACUGAAGGAAGAGUCGAGGUCCAGACCAAGGGGGGCCGAUGGGAUGUUAUUUGCGCCGAAGGCUGGUCUCUACGUGAAGCCCUAGUCGUUUGCAAAACCCUUUCCCUAGGAUAUGCUGCCGAUGCUAUCCAGACAAAGUUCUUCGGGGGCAAACUAUCAAAAACCAGUCUAGCAGGAGUGCGGUGCUUCAGCAAUGAAACCUCUUUCGCUACCUGCACUUAUCAAGUCUCCCUAACCGGAAAAUGCAGCGAAGAAGAAGUGGCCGCAGUUUCCUGCACACAAUCGCUCUCCGACUUAGUUAUCGACCACGAGGAAUUGACCAGAUCGGCCUAUCUUCAGGACCAGACGAUGUUCUUCCUGCAGUGCGCCAUGGAGGAAAAUUGCGCCGCUUCUUCCGCCUACCAGAUCCAGAAGGAGAAUGAGGCGUGGCACUUGGAAACGAGGCGGUUGCUGCGAUUUACUGCCCGCAUUUUGAACGCUGGCACUGCGGAUUUUCGGCCUCUGAUUCCCAAGCAUUUGUGGGAGUGGCAUAUGUGCCAUAUGCAUUAUCACAGCAUGGAAGUGUUUGCCACCUUUGAUAUAUUCGAUGCGAAAGGAGCUCGAGUGGCUGAAGGGCACAAAGCCUCAUUCUGCCUGGAAGAUAACCAGUGCCUUCCAGGAGUGGAGCCGAAAUAUGCUUGCGCAAACUACGGCGACCAAGGAAUCACCGUAAACUGUUCGGAUAUUUACAAACACACUGUGGAUUGCCAAUGGGUCGAUAUAUCCGAUCUUGAUCCAGGCAAUUACAAGAUCAAAAUAGCCGUUAAUCCAGAAUGCAAGAUUGCCGAGAUGGAUUAUCGGAAUAAUGCGGCGCUUUGUGACUUUAUUUACACGCCGGCUUUUGGAACUGUUACCAAUUGCGCCUUGGAACUUCCAUAGCAUGUAGAACUAUUGGUGGGCGAUAUUCAGUUUUUUUAGAAAAAUGGGUUAAGGAAAACACAAUUUAACUAA